AUGGAUUACGACGAGAGCAGUUUCGACAACUACACCGGCAACGGCACGGCGUACUACGAUGUGCCGACCAAUGUACUAUCCGUCUUCGUUCUCGCCCUUUUCGUCGUGGUCGGGAUUUUCGGUAAUUCCAUGGUGAUCUACAUCAUCAUCAAACACCGCGACAUGCGGACUGUAACCAACUAUUUUGUGCUCAAUCUGGCCGUGACCGACAUCGCCAUGCUCAUCAUCUGCGCCGUACCGACCGGGAUCGUCUAUUCCAUCAGCAUGGUAGAUUGGCCCCUUGGUGAUUUUAUGUGCCGGCUGACCGGAUACACAAUGAAUGUAAGUCCAUGUUUGUUCCGUGCAGUGUACCAUCAUGAAACCUGCAUGUACCGGUAA